AUGAGCAUCCUGCUGCCCAACAUGGCAGAGUUCGACACCAUCUCGGAACUGGAGGAGGAGGAAGAAGCGGCGGCAACGUCCUCGUCCUCGCCCUCGUUGUCGUUGGUAUUGGGACCCAACGACGACGAGGAAGAUGAGGAGGACGAGGAAGAAGAAGAGGACGAGGAAGAAGAAGAGGAGGAGGAGGAGGAGACACCACCCCCGCCUCAGGUAGUGAGUGAGGAGCAUCUGCGGAGAUAUGCCCCUGAUCCUGUAUUGGUGCGGGGCACCGGCCACAUCACUGUGUAA